AUGCAAUCUCGCUGGGUGCUUCCUGGCCGUGCUUCCGCCGUGCAACCAUCGUCUUCAACCUCUGGAGAUGCUCCUCCUCGUCCCCCUGACCCUCCUGAUCCAAACUCUCCCCUCUCUCCUCUCCUCUUCCCACCUUUAGCCGCUUCCCCACCUCCUUCCCGCUCUGAACUCCGCAGAUCUCACCUUACUUCUUCACCAGUUGAUACUGUUAUGGCUUCAGCUUUGGGUUCCCCCCCAGCUUCAGUCAUCUCUACUACUACUACUCAGUUUGGCUCCCUUGCCGAAAUUGAAUCUACCCUUACUGUUCCUUUAGCUACAGGAAACCCUAACUCUCUUCCCAUUAUCUCAACUUCCAGCUCUCUCAACACUCUGAACCACUCUUCUCCUACACCAACUGACCAAAACUCCCGCUUUAAAACCAUUCCACCAAACCAAAACUCUCCUUUACUUUCAAACCCUGCUGCAAACAACCCUAAUCCGCCUCUACCCAUCAAUCCUCAAUCUCCCAUUCCUGUCUCUGCUCCUACUAUUCCACAGCCCCCCUUGGUCCAAACCCACCAGUUUCCUCCAUCCUCGACCCAACCCCUUCAGAACCAUCCAUCUACGCUAGCUGAGACACUUCGCUUGAGAGGUGAUAAGUCCCUUCAAAGAGAGGCUCCUGUGAUGUUUUCUGAUACAGGUCGACCUCGUGUGCUCAUACCGGAUGCUGUCUUUGAGAAAGGUGCUGAGCUCCACAAAGACUUCAUUGUGUGCUACUUUAAUGGUCGCCCUCCUCCGUUCAAGCACAUCCAAAGUGUCCUGAGUCACAUGUGGGCCAAAGGAAGGAGGCUUGAGAUGCAUAAUAACCCCCUGCAGCGCUCUGUUCUUGUUAGAAUUCCUAGUGAAUUUCUUAGACAGAAAAUUUUGGAUAAAAAUAUCUGGUAUGUAGGUGAUUCGAUGUUCCAUACCGCUCAAUGGACGUCGAUUCACUCCUCUGCUACCCCUCCUCUUAGCUCAAUAAAGAUUUGGGCUCACCUCACUGGUGUUCCCUUGGACCUGCGUUACAACAAAGGCCUUGGGUUGGUUGCUGGUUUGAUAGGUGAUCCUAAAGAGACUGAUGAUUUCACGCUCAAUCUAGUAAGCUUGACCUUGUCUCACGUCAAAGUGGAAGUGGAUCUUACCAAGCCAUUGCCAAAUGUGGUCGAGUUUGAAAGACAAAGCGGUGAAGUGGUAGAGGUCCAAGUUGAUUAUCCAUGGCUGCCUCCCAAGUGCUCUCAUUGUCAGGAGCUUGGACAUGUCAUUCGAAACUGCUUACUCUACACGCCACCAAAAGAUACACCGCCAAUGGAGAAAGUUCCUGUGGAGAAGCAAAAACAAAAAACUUCAGAAAAUCCGAAAAAACAUUCAGCAAAAUCUACAACUGGAAAGCAGUAUGUUCCGAAGAAAACAAUUCCUCCUAAGACGCCUGAAAAGACUUUGGCUCAAUCUGCUUCCCUCCCCACUAGUCCUACUGCCUUUAAAACGCCCUCUUUCACCCCUCCCUCUGCUCUAAAACACCCCCUACCCUCCACUGAAAGUCCUUCUGACAAACCACAUAAACCAUCCCUUAAACGUACCCGUUCUUCUCCGACUUUCUCCCCCCCUGAACCACCAAAAAUUUCAUACCAAUCCUCUAAACCUUCUCUUUCUCUUCCUUUUCCAGAGGUUGGCUUCUGGAGAAACCCCUUUUUCUUCCUAAUGAGUGCAAAACUCUUUUUUUGGAACCUUCGCGGUUUAAAUGAAUCGGAUAAACAUCGGACUUUUUCGGAUUGGCUCUAUAGCCAUAGACCUAUUUUUGGUGCUCUAUUAGAAACACAUAUAAAAGAACUAUCUCUACCCCGCUUGAUGUCUACCCUGUGCAGAGACUGGCACUAUCUAUCUAAUCACCUCUCUGAUGAGGAUGGCAGAAUUGUGCUUAUUUGGAAGGACCCGGCUAAAGUAACUAUGAUCUCUCAGUCAAGACAAAUGGUCACCUGUGAAGUUCGGUUGCCUAAUUGCUCUCCUAUCAUCUAUUCUGCUAUCUAUGCAUCAAAUCUUUUGGAGGAAAGAACUGACCUUUGGGUUGAGUUGUUGAACUUGCAUUCCACUCAUGGGUUAGACUCUAGACCCUGGAUGAUAGGAGGUGACUUCAAUCAGAUACUUCACUCUCAUGAACACUCCAGCUUCUCUCACAGUAGGCACGCUUCUCCUAUGUUCCAAUUUCGUGACUGUCUACUGCAGCUAGGAGUGUUCGAUCUGCGCUACUAUGGACCUGUGCAUACAUGGACAAAUAAACGUGAUGUCACACCUGUUGCAAAGAAGCUUGAUCGAUGCUUAAUCAACAACGAGUGUCUUACUGUUUUUCCGAAUGCGACUGCGACUUUCCUCCCUCCUGCUCCCUCUGACCACACACCUUGCUUAACUGACCUAGCCUUCCAACUCCCUCAAGCCGGUACCCCUCCCUUCCGAUUCUUUAACUACUUGACCAAACACCCGAGCUUCCUAGAGGUACAGGCCCUUAAUGAUCCAACUCCAGAAACAUUUGCAGCGGAACGUGAUCAGAAUCUGCAAUGGCAGUUUCUGCGACAGAUAGAAGAAUGUUACUUUAUGCAAAAGUCGAGAAUAACGUGGCUGAGGGAAGGAGACUUUAACACUACCUACUUCCACCGGGUUUGUCAAGUAAGAGCUAGCUUCAAUGCAAUCCGCUCGUUCCUCCUAGCUUCGGGUGUUGUGAUCACUGAUCCCCUGGCGAUGAGCGCUCAUGCAAUUUCACACUUCCAGGCAGUACUCGGUCCUGAAACUCUCCAAACGCUAUGGUUCUCUCCGUCUGCUUGGUUCCAUAGCCUUACAUCCAUCACCUGUACUCACCAACAAAGGAGCUCUAUACUAUUAAUGCCAACCGUUGAGGAAAUCACCAAGCUAAUGUUUUCUCUUAAUCCUAACAAAGCUCCAGGGCCAGAUGGACUCACCUCGGGUUUCUUUAAAGCUUCCUGGUCACUGCUGGGAGUAGAGUGCGUCACCUCUAUCCAAACGUUCUUCAACUCAGGUUUCCUGCCCAAAGCAACAAACUCAACAAUAUUGUCUUUGGUCCCAAAGUUCACUGGUGCUUCUAAAGUAUCAGACUACCGGCCUAUCUCAUGUCUAAAUACGCUGUAUAAAGUAAUCUCAAGACUAUUAGUGAGACGUCUUAAGCCUAUACUUCAGAACCUGAUCUUGCCUAAUCAAACUGCUUUUGUGGAAGGGAGAUUACUUGUAGAGAAUACGGUGUUGGCGAGUGAACUAGUCAAUGGCUACCACAAGAACAGAGGGAGUAAGAGGAUUACCAUAAAGGUGGAUAUCGCAAAGGCCUUCGACACUCUGUCGUGGGAUUUCCUCUUUGCGGCGUUGGAAAGCUUGGAGCUUCCUGCUCCUUUUGUCAGGCUUCUGAGAGCGUGUAUCUGCACACCAUCGUUCAUGGUCGGUUAUAAUGGGACAGUAAGCGGUUAUUUUAAAGGGAAAAGAGGUUUGAGGCAAGGAGACCCUCUCUCUCCUUACCUCUUUGUGAUUGCAAUGAACUAUCUAUCUCUAAUGUUAGACAAAGAAGCAAGGUCUGGUUACUUAUCUUAUCAUCACCAGUGUCACAAGACAAGGCUGACCCAUCUCUCCUUCGCUGAUGAUCUACUGAUCUUUAUUGAUGGAUCCUUGGAGUCAGUUCAGAGAGUCCUCCAGAUACUGCAUGAGUUUGAAAAGAGGUCUGGGUUAGCUGUUAGCUUACAAAAAUCCAGUUUCUUUGCCUCGGGAGUAUCGGAACAAGAAAUUCAAGCCAUACAAGUUUCUACUGGCAUGCCUUGUGGAAGCUUACCUAUGCGCUAUCUUGGAGUCCCGUUGUGCACUAAGAAACUCAAUCUAGAGAACUGUCAACCCCUACUUCAGCAGAUAAAACAGCGGCUCUCAUCUUGGUCUGCCAAGGCACUUUCCUUUGCAGGGAGACUCCUUCUUAUCAAAACGGUGAUUGCAGGUGUCUCUACCUUCUGGUGCUCCACCUUUAUCCUGCCAAAAGCAUGCAUAAAUAAGAUUAACUCUCUUUGUGGAGUUUUUCUAUGGAAUGGUAACAUUGAUGGUCAUCACACUGCUAGAGUAAGCUGGGAAACAGUGACACUUACUAAGGAUCAAGGUGGGCUAGGUGUUAAGGAUCUGCACAAAUGGAACCUUGCGUGCUUGCUAAAACUUGUCUGGAUGCUCUUCUUCCGUCCUAAAUCUGUUUGGGUCUGCUGGUUCAAAGAGGUAAUUUUACGAGGUGAUGUUUCAAAUUACUGGACAGUCAAGACGAGUACUAAUUACUCUUGGUUAGUCAAUAAGAUGAUAAAGGUUAGAGAUCAAGUAUACCCGUUGCUUCAUCGUCGUUUAGGGAAUGGAGAGACAACCCGUUUUUGGUUUGACAACUGGUCACCUUUGGGUCACCUCUACACACUUCUAAAUGCUAGCUCUUCUCGUCUGGGAAUACCAAGGUCAGCAACGGUGGCAUCUCUAUUCACUAAUGGUCACUGGUCUCUCCCGCCUGCAAGAACAGAAAAUCAGUUGGCUCUUCAGGUUCAUUUGACUACAGUCACGUUAUCGGAAGAGGCAGAUUACUAUGAAUGGAUGAUAGAGGGUAAACUGAGAAACAGAUACAACAUGGGCGAAGUCUACACUUAUCUCAAAGGUCCCCAACAAACGGUUACGUGGGCUAAGAUCGUUUGGUUCUCCUAUGGGAUUCCUCGUCAUAACUUCCUCACUUGGUUGGUGUUAUUGGAUCGGUGCCCUACAAAAGACAGAUUAAUCAGAUGGGGAAUGAAUGUCACCCCUCUCUGCUUACUCUGUAAUACUAGCCAUGAGAAUAGAAAUCACCUUUUCUUUGACUGUGUCUACAGCGCCACUAUUUGGAGACAGACGAUGGAUCGUUGUGGAUUCCAUACAUCUACUUCUUGGGACUGCAUCGUGACUCAACUUCAAGCUCUGCAGGUGAACCGUGACUCAAAGCGCCUGACACUAAUAGCUAUGCAAGCCUGUAUCUACUGGAUUUGGUCUGAGCGCAACAAAAGACUCCAUCACCAAGUUUUCAGACCACCGGAGGUUCUCUUCUCCCUGAUCGACAAGCAGGUGAGGAACCGAUUGCAGAGUAUCCGACAUGCAAACCCGAGGGCAUCAUCAGCGAUGUCUCAACUCUGGUUCCUCCGAUCAUGA